CAAAGGUCACCAAUUCUCCUGUGACGUAUUGACUUACGGUUCUUGCAACCGCCAUUUACGUUUAGUUCCUUUACAGUUAAAAAACUAUACAAUGCGUUGGGGAAUAUAUGGUACUGGAUGUAUAGCAGAAGAUUUUUGCAAAGCUUUGGGCUGUAUGGAUCAGUCUCUACAUGAAAUCGUUGCUGUUGGUUGUGAUGACAGUAAAGCUGCCAGUGAGUUCGGGAAGAAGUUUAAAAUACCAAAUACUUACGGAUGCUGUGAAGAAUUUGUCAGAAAUAAGAAUAUAGAUGUCGUGUAUGUAUCAUCUCCAGUCGGUGACCGUUACGAAGAUUGUUAUCUUAUGAUACAAUAUAACAAACACGUUCUAUGCGAAGCUCCUUGCGCUUUGAGAGCAGAGGAAUGCUUUUCGCUGAUAGAGUUUGCAAGACGAAAUAAAGUGUUCUUCAUGGAGGGCAUCUGGAUGUGUUUCCUGCCGAUUUUUAGACACAUUAAAGAGGAAAUUGAUCAAGGUACCAUAGGGGAUGUAAAAUAUUUCGAUGCUGCUCUAUUUUUCGAUGUUCUGCAUAAGGAAAAGAGAUCCACUACAGGAAUUAGCGGAGGCUGUAUUUCCAAUAUAGGCGUGUAUCUUUUGUGGUUGGUACAAUUUGUAUUCCGAGAGAAUCCUGAACACGUCCUCACUAUUGGAAAUUUUACAAGUAACGGUAUUGAUGAAGCUUGUAACAUUAUCCUUCUGUAUCAAAAUGGUAGCAAAGCUUCUUUGUCAUGUCAUUCAAAACUGAAAGGAAGAGCAGAUGCCUGGAUCUAUGGAACAAAUGGAAGCAUUUAUAUACAUCCGCCACUUUGGUCCACCAACAAAAUAACGAUAAAUAGUGUAGAGACGGAAAUCCCGCUUGGUUUGGCGAAUCCUUCGACGGAUGUUGAAUUUAAUUAUCCCGAGAGCAUGGGAUUCAUUUGUCAGGCCGAACUUGUACGUCAUUGGAUCCGUGCAGGUUUUACAGAAUCGCCACUUCAUACAUUAACUCAGACACAAGCAGUUUCGAGACUUCUUGAAACUGUUCGAGAGAAACUUUACAGAUCAAGAAAUGAUUUCAGCACCGUUCCAGUGGAAGAACAGUUAAGUUUUUUUGAGAAAAUGCGAUGUACCAUAAUCUAGUUAGAAUUUCAAAAAUGAGUACUUUUCUGGAGAAUUCGUUAUC